AAUGGUAACCAAUUUAAACCAAUUAAUUCGAAAAAUUAUGUAAUUUGUGAUUUAAGUUCAUCAACUUCAAGUUCAUCGACCUGCACCUCUACAUUACCUUUACCUUCAUCUUCCGAUUUCGCAGAAAAUGAUGACUCUGAUGGCAUAAGUGAAGUGGAAGGUCCAGUUAACUCAAAUGUUGAACAUAAGUCACCAGUUAGUCGAAAACGCAAAAGACCUAAUGUAUUGAAAGUUCAAAAAUCUAAAUUUGCGUGCAGUAACGAACGAAGAGAACUGAUUCAUGAAUCAUUAGCAAAAUUAAUAUCAAUGAAUCAACUACCAAUUUCAUUUUGUUCGAGCAUAGGAUUCAAAAAUUUUAUGGCUGUCGUUGAGCCCAAUUAUAAAGUUUGUAAGCAAGAAGCAAUGAAAGCUAGAAUAAAUAGAUUAAAAAAGUUAGUUGAAACAAAAAUAAGGGAAAAUCUACAUCAGACAAAAAGUAUCGUUUGUACAACUGACGGCUGGUCUUCGUUAUCUCAGGAUUCAUAUAUUACCGUAACUGCUCAUACAAUUGAUUUACAUUGGAACGUUAGCUCUUAUACCCUUAGCACGCAUGAAAUGGAAGAACGCCAUACAGCUGAGAAUCUAGCAAUUCAAUUGGGAAAUACAUUUAAUGAAUGGGAAGUUAACAGUAAAGUCAUAGCUGUUGUCACCGACAAUGCUAGGAACAUUGUUAAUGCCAUUUCUUUAAUAUCUAGCGAUACAAACAUUAGCAGUGUAACAUGUGCAGCUCAUUCACUUCAACUUGCUAUCAACCAUUCGCUAAGGCAAGAUAAUAUUCAAUUAUUGAUUGAAAAAUGUAGUAAACUUGUUUCUCAUUUUAAACAUUCAAAUAUAGCGAAACGAUCAUUAGAAAUGAAACAAGAACAGCUUGGUAUGGCAAAAACGGCUUUGAUUCAAUACUGUAAGACACGUUGGAAUUCCACCUUCAUGAUGUUAGAACGUCUAUACCUUAAUCGAUCUCCAUUAGCUAACGUCAUAGCUGAUCGAGCUAUUACAAGUGCAACUAUGGCACAAAAGUUUGAAAUUACAGAGAGCCAAUGGGCUAGGGUAGAAUUUCUUAUCAAAAAACUCAAACCACUACAAAUAAUAACGCAACUAUUUUGUGAUGAAAAGCAUUCUCCCGUUUCAAUGGUCAGACCAUUACUACAAAAAGUAAUAGAAAAACAUUUAUCAAUAAAUGACACUGAAGAUGAUAUUGAAAUAUAUUUCAAGCAAUCACUUAUAACACAAAUAAAAACCCGUUUUAAUCUCGAAUGGACAUCCUCAAGUACUGUAAGCCUAAGUCAAAUAUCUUCUUUACUCGAUCCAAGGUAUAAGGACUUAGAACAUGAGUCACUUGAUUCAAGAGAUGAUAUUCGAAAAGAGUUGCAAAAUAUACUUGAAACUAAUUAUCCACAGGUUUCAGUUACGGAACAUUCAAAAAAUUCACAUACAAGUGCCAUGGAGUUCCUAUACGGUGACGAAAUGAUCGAUAUAAAUGAUCCAAAAACACAAUUACAAGGUUAUCUGGCUGAACCUCAACUAAGAUUUGAUUUGGAUCCUUUUGAGUGGUGGAAUACAAGAACAAUCAAGUAUCCAAUCAUUUCCAAAUGUGCGAAGAAAUAUCUCACAAUACCAGCUACAUCAGUCAGCUCUGAAAGAUGUUUUUCAACUGCCGGAAAUAUUGUUACACCAAAAAGGAGCUGCUUACUACCAGAAAAUGUAAACACGUAA